AUGAGUAGGGAUCUUAUGACAACAUGGCACAUUUAUUCAACGGACGUUGAUGGUGCCAGAGAGGAAAUACUUCGAAUUCUUGAAAGAGGGAGCUACGUAAAGACCGUCUAUUUUCAUGGUUGGGAUGGAUUCGGGGCGUCCCCUGUUCUUAGAUCCAUAGCAGAAAUGCUCCAAUGUAGUGGGACCACUCCAGAACUAUGCUUUGACAAAUUAAUUUACAUAGAUUGCUCUGAGUGGAAAAAUAGAAGAGCAGUGCAGAGGGCAAUUGCAGAGGAACUGGACCUUGACUGCUCUGUAAUGGCCAUUCUAGAUGAGCAAGAUGAAGAGGACGAUUGUAACGGAGUUGAUGAAAGUUCGAGAGAUGAUAUAGACAAUGUCGGGCAAGUGAUUGCUCAAGCACUGAUGGACACCAAAUUGAUGAUGAUUUUUCUUAAUGGAAGUGAUGAAGAGAUUGACCUAAGCACCUUUGGCAUUCCUCAUUUUGGAAGAUAUGGCAACAACAUGAUGAUAUGGACCUUCAGCAGAAGUUGGCUGACCAUGGACCAUGACCUUGAACAGGCAGUAGACAAGCUAAGAUAUACUCAUAAUUUUGUUUAUGUCUAUAAAGGAAUCAGAGAAUUGCCAGGUUCAAAGUUCUAUGGACUGCUACAACAACAAGGUGCUGCCAUAGUUGCUCGUGCUGCAUGUAUGAUGGACAUCGAUCUAGCAGUUGUUGCAAAUUGUUGUCUAUAUGAGUUAUUCUUGCGUUAUAAUUUCCACAAUGCCACUAAAAGAAAGUUUGAUUGGGCCGCUCAUGCUUCCAACUACUGGAUGUCCGAUGGGAUCAUAGAAGGAGAUAAAGCAAGGGAUAUUAGUAAUGCAUUGCAUCGAGAGAUAAAUUGGGAGUGUGAUGCUACUUUGGUUGAUAAUGUGCUUAAAAAGUUCAUGGAAGAUUCAGAGCCUCCUUUUCUGGUACUUAAAGAUGAAGAAAUCUACAAAGAAGGGUCAUACCGUUGGAUUUCAGUCACAUCUAAAAAUAUAGAAAUAAGUGGAAUGCAAACUAUACCUGCACCGACCUCAUCUUUCUUCUUGGCAUUUGAAUGCUCUGACUGCCCACCAAGUUUACCAAAUGGCUUCUUUGAACAUUCCAGCAAGCUUGGCGUGCUAGUUCUCCGUUGUUGUGCCUUCAAUUUUGCAUCACCUCCUUUCCUAAUAUGCCAUAGCAUAAGAUUCCUUGGACUGGACCACUGUACAGAUGAUAAAAAAUGUGAAGGAAAGGAUCAUAUAGAGUGGACAUAUUUAUGCAACAUAUCAGUGUUGGACCUACGUUACACAGAUUGGAAUGAGAUCUUAUCUGAAGAAAAGAUGGAUAUCAUGACUAAUAUCAGAGAGCUGAAUAUAGAAGGAGUCAGAGGUUGGCAGUAUAUGUCUAACCUACAACAUCGGCUGCCUAACCUCCAGAGGCUUCGGAUAACAAAACCAACAUGUCAAUGGAUAAUAUCAAAGGAUUUUGAUAACUCCUUUAUAGAUAAGACAAGCAUGGAAAUACUUGACUUGUCAGGCAACAGUGACAUGAAAUCUCUUCCAGCAAGCCUAUCAAUGGCAAGUAGCCUUGGGUUACUUGUACUAGAUGGUUGCUAUGGGUUGGAAAAUGUUGGCAGCCUUCCUUCAUCCCUCGAAUCCUUUAGCUUUAAUGGACAUGGGCCAGCUUCUCAAUGGACACAAGAUGUUGAGCUACCUCUGAAACAAUUCCGUCCGUCGACCACAUCAGAAUAUAAGGAUAUCAGAAUCUCAAAGAUCUCUCUAGAAGGUUGCACACAAUUGAAGAAUUUGUUUUUGUGUGGGCUACCCAACCUCCUGGAGUUGGACCUCUCUGGAACUGCGAUCAAGGUACUUGACUUCAAGACUAUGGUAGUGCAAGUCCCAAGGCUCAAGCGAUUGUUUCUAAUAGGAUGCAAGCAUCUUCGUGCAAUAAUUUCGGUGCACGAGAUUGAUUCUGAUAUAAAACCUGACCUGGAGUUGGUGUGCAUAGACACACGAGUUGGAAUCGUGUGUCCCCAGCCAUCCAUCAACAAGAAGAAACCCCGCCAGUUACAGGUGCAUGUUGUUGCUAGGGAUGCGAGGCUUACUCGCUCUUUGAAGGAUCUGUUGGGGCGUUGUGACAGUUGGUCGAGGAGGGUGACAAAUAUGAAGUAUCUUUGUUACAAUAUCCAUGUCACCUCCUCGCCUAUGUACGGUGGAGGUACUCAAUUUGAAGCAGACAGCAAGAACAAGAUUGGUCCUGAUGAUCAAGAGAGCUUGCAGAACCUUAUUCGAGCAGGCCCAUAUAGUGAUGUCCUCAGCAUUGUUGGAGAUCCCCCGAUGCAGGCUUUCCCCCAACCUCCGAGUACACAGCUGGACCAGCAUGUAGAGAUUGCUAAAGGAAGCUGCUAUGUGGAGAGUGAACUGAAAAGAGGAUUACGUGAAUUGGUUGGAUGUGCUAAAUCCCUGCAUGUGCACGACGUCGACGUAUCAAUACGUGCUGUUGUUUCAAAUCAAGGUUAUUCGUGUGGGUACCUUAAGUGGUGCCGUGUGGAGAGGUGCCUGAAGUUGGAUACCGUCUUCCAAGCGGCUACUUAUGAUUUUGGUCGUCUGGAGACCUUUUGGGCGUCAGAUCUCUUAAUGGCCCGUUGGAUUUGGAGUAGACCUUUUAACCGUAAUUACACCCGCUACAUCUCCUUUGAAAAUCUACAACACCUACACCUGCGCUCCUGUCCCAGCCUGCAGUUCGUGCUUCCGGUGUGGGUCUCCUCCUUCCCGAGCUUGAAGACCCUCCACAUGAUCCACUGCGGUGACCUCGUGCACGUCUUCAUGCUGAACAUAGAAUACCCAGAGGAAAUAACCAUCCAUGGUGUACUAUUCCCGAAGCUGACUGCCAUCCAUCUACACGACCUCCCAAAGCUGCAACAGAUAUGCGAGGUCAAGAUGAUGGCACCCGCGCUCGAGACCAUCAAGAUCAGGGGAUGCUGGAGCCUGCGUAGGCUGCCAUCCGUGGGCUCCCGUGGUCAAGGUGAGAAGAAGCCGGCUGUCGAGAUCGAGAAGGAUGUGUGGGACGCUCUGAAGUGGGACGCCGGCCACUGCCCCGACCACUUCGAAGCGCCGGUCCACUCGCGUUACUACAAGGAGAAGCUGCCUAGGGUCUCCGUCCUCAGGGAGGAGGUGUCGUUGGGCGCCGUGGUGGCGUCGAUGAUAGCUGGACCGAGCAAGGUUGAUGCAUCAGUACAGUUCUGA